AUGGCCAAUUCCAUGGCUCAGAACUGGACUAAUCUCACUUAUCCAGCUACAAACCAUGAAGCAUCGUUGGGAACUAAUUUUAAUCAACUUUACUGCUAUGCUCAAGUACCAUAUUACUGUCAGGAUGCUACGGUAAACACGGUGCUAGCAAUGUUUAACGUCUCGGCUUCGGGCUAUUUUGCAGACACAACAUCCAAUUUUACAAACAUUUGUACUACCGUGACGCUCCCAGCUAUCGACAGUGCGUGCACUGUAUGUGACUUGAUUGCACAGUAUCAGGAGUACAAGGUGGUACUAGACUGGAUCGAGUCAUCAUGUCCUCGAACAAGUACAAAUCAGGUCUGGUGUGGUGGUUUCCUGCUCAAUGCGACAGCUGCUGAUGAAAUGUCGACCAGUUCGCCGUUUAUGCAGUGUCGUAGCGUCUUUUACGAGCUUGUGGAGAAGUGGACUAACAUUGUCAUGGUGGCUAGCAUUAUCUGCAUCAUUGCAGCUGGCAUUGUGCUUGCUAUGACAGGUGUGCUGUGGUGCCACAUGCGCGCCUCACGACAACAGAAGGGAAUGAUGCUGUCCUCACCGGCCGCAAACUAUCACAAUGGUGACCAGAGUGCCGGUCAUACAGAGCGCAGCGAGGCAACGACCAACAGCAACAACUUUAGCAUGUUUUCAAACGCACCUCGCAACUCGGACGCUGCGCAUCAUCGAUAUCAUAGUCCGUAUUAG